AAGUCUAGUUUCAUUAUUGAGUGGUUUCUGAGCAAGAAGAGAGAGCAUUACAGACAAUAAUCGAGGUUGAGUGAACUGCUGCGUAUAAACUCGAGCAGUGGGAGUGUUUGUGUUGUUUGAUUCGUAUCUUGAGCUAUAAUCAUAGGGCGUGUGAGGUGUCUACAGAAAUAUCUCAAGAUAAGAAAUCCUUGUAGGUGCGGUUUGCAGCAAACGGAGUAGUGGAAGGCUUCUAAAUUGGCCAAAGAAAACGCUACCUCGCAGAAAUAGAUUUGCUUCUCUAAAGAGUUGAUAUUGCACCUUGAGGAGGCUGUCUAACAAUCAUUUCUAAGCAAGGAACCAGUUCUCAAACUUCCUUGUCCAAAUAUUUGAUCAUUGGAUUGAGAAGGAAAGGUUUAAAGCUCAUUUAAGGUUUGCUGAGGAAUUGAGUCUAUGCCAUGACACGGUGAUGUACUUGAGUUGGACUCUAGAAGUGCAUGGGAGAUUUGAGGUUGCAACCUAUGAUGUGCAUGGUGAUGUACCUGAGUGGAACUCAGAAAUGCACGGUGAAGUAAUUAACUUGUGUCAUAUGAUUUGCAUGGUGAUGUACUUGAGUUGGACUCUAGAAAUGCAAACAUAUGUGUUAGAGUUGGACCUUAUGAAUUGUCGUGACUGGUAGUCACGGGGUAUGGGGUUGAUGUUUUGUAACAAACCUUGGGUCUACGGGUCGACUACUUGACUUUAUAUAAAGUAAGUACAUUUUUAAAAGGGGUAACUUGGGGUUACAUCCUAGAUUAUAUUAUCACCCUAUUUGAGGGUCUUGUGUUUGAAAUACUUGUUGUAUAACUAUUAGAUGCCAUCCACACCAGUACUUUAUAACCCUAUAGAGUACUGACCCCCUUUCGGGGGGGGGGGGGGGGGGGGCGUCCCACCACCAUUUCAGGUUGAAGCUAGAGCUUGCUUCCUGUGCUCAUUGCUAGAGUGAUUGCUCCAGAGAGAAGACUUGGUUCGUGCUUCCUCUAUUCUGUUUUGAACAAUAAUAAAAUUGCUCAUGGCUAUUUUACUAUAGAGUCUGCGUGCUCAUGUUUGCCCUGUGUGGCAUUUGUUUUCAAACUAUGUUUUUCGCUGCGUAUUGAAUUGCUUAUUAUGUAUAUUUAUGGAUGACUUAUGUGUGAAUGAUAUUCGAGACGCCUUGUAUAAUAUGGAUGUGUUAGACUGCGGUUGACUAUUCGUAUUGUACGGCGGGUUGUUAUCGUGUCCGGGUAGGUCCGGGGCGUGACAUCCGAUGGUCAACAACAAAUGCCUCCCAUGUUUCCUCAACAAAGUACACCCUUUUAUUCUCUCCAAAAUCAUUAUAAUUUUCCCCAACAAGGUUCAUCGGCUCCUCAACAAAAUACAUUCAAUUUCUCUCAACAAGUUCCAACAAUGCUCCCUAGCUCUUUUAGAGGUACCCCACAAGCCUCUUCUUCUCAACCUCCACCCUAUUACCCGACGACGAUGUUUCUGGGUUUUAAUAUGCAAAGUCAACCAUCCAUGCAACCUACAACGCAACCAUUUCAAUUCAUGCCUAUACAACCUGCAACUCCAACCAGCAUUACUCAAGAUGAAAAUGCCAAUUUUAUUGAGAAUUUGUUUGCGAGUGGAGGCAGCAACAAUAAUGGAAAUCAAGAGCAAGAAUGAAAUGCUGUAAUAAUUAGUUAUUCAUGAAAACUUAUUUCUAUUCCUAUGUUGAACAAUUGUAUAUAUGUUUUGUUAGAUAAACUGCCC